AUAAGAAGAUAGCAAAAAAAAAAAAUGCAAAAAGUAGGAGCCUGGUCGUCUAAUCAAACAGAAAGCUUUUGUGUACAUUUUUUUAUCAGCCGUUCGAAGGGAUAUUUGUUUGUAGUGUUCGGGAUUUGUUAUAUAAUAUAUACAUUUUUAAACGAAAUGCAUAUUAUUAUGAAAAACGUAUUGUGUGGGGCAUAAACAAAACUUAAAAUGCGGGUAAUAUCAUACGUGUCUAACUAAUUAUACAAUGGUUGAACCAAAAACUAGUGUGAGUUUUGUUUGUCAGAGAUGUCUUCAGCCUUUGAAACUUGACUCAAGUUUUGGAAAUUUAGGAGAACAUACUUUGGCAGAAUUAGCCUUGCCGAUUCACUCGACACCAGAGAUUGAUCUGGAGUCCCAGGCGGCCAGUCUGGACAACUUCGUGCCAGCGUUUCGCUUGACGGAGUCUGGGAAUGGAGCCAACGGCUUCAUGCUCGUGGGGGAUGAUGGGGAGCAGGAGUCGCUCAGUCACAGGAUGAGGGUUACUGCAAGUUUGUUUGACAUUUUGUCAAACAACUCGGACAUAGACCAUCCCCUCUGUGAUGAGUGCACAGACACACUUCUCUCACUUAUGGACCAGCAACUCAAGUUGACCGAAGAUGACCUGAAUGAUUACAGCAUGUUUCUGAAAAGGUUAGAAGCAGAGGACAAAGAUGAAAACUUAGACCUUUUAGAAAAAGAGCUUCAAGAUCUGCAGUCCGAGGAAGCGCGCUUGAUGCGGGAACUGGCGUCUCUGAAGGAGCAGGAAGUGGCGACGGAGAAUGCCAUCGCUGAGCAGGAGAGAGAGAAGGAAAGACUGGACAGCGAAGAGGAGCGCUACUGGCGGGAGUACACGCAGCACCGAUGGGAGCUCACCUUGACAGAAGAUGAGUCCAAGAGCCUGGAGUGCCAGCUGCACUACGCUCAAGCCCAGCUGGACAAGCUGAAGAAAACCAAUGUGUUCAACGCGACGUUCCACAUCUGGCACAGCGGCCACUUCGGGACCAUCAACAACUUCCGGCUGGGCCGCCUGCCCAGCGUGCCGGUGGACUGGAGCGAGAUAAACGCGGCCUGGGGACAGACCACCCUUCUGCUCACUGCUCUGGCGCGCAAGAUGAACCUGACCUUCGAGAGGUUCCGGCUGGUCCCGUACGGCAACCACUCCUACAUCGAGGUCCUCGCGGAACACAGGGCUCUGCCCUUGUACGGGUCGGGUGGCUUCCGCUACCUGUGGGACACCAAGUUUGAUUCUGCCAUGGUCGCGUUCCUCGACUGCCUCCAGCAGUUCAAGGAGGAAGUCGAGAAAGGAGACUCCGGCUUCAGUCUUCCGUACAGGAUGGAGCGUGGCAAAAUUGAAGAUGUGUCCACCGGGAACUCUUAUUCAAUAAAGAUUCAAUUGAACUCUGAAGAGCAGUGGACCAAAGCACUCAAGUUUGUGCUGACAAAUCUGAAGUGGGGACUUGCCUGGGUGAGCUCUCAGUUCACCAAAGAUGAAGCAGAGGUGCCACCACGUUAACACAAGUCUCCAGCUUCACACUGUUCACGUGCAGUCCUCCGGUGAAGAUGCCGGUCGCAUGCCACUGCUUGUGGUUGGUCGGACUUGAACAUAUUUACCGCAUCAUCAAACCUCUGUUUACGAGUGUCAACAAUCAAAUGAGAACUUUUUGCUUUAAAUUAAAUAAAAACAGAAAAUCUGAAUAGUCAGGUAUACCUUUUCUCUGUGUUCAGAGUAUUUAAUUGGUACUACGCGUUUACUUUGAUACAGGUAACAGUCUGUUGUGUUAAAUUUAAUAUAAAAUUUCAGCUAUGUAUAGCGAAAUUUUUAAUUGCUAUUGCUUGUGAACGCUGACAGAUGGGUAAGAUCAGUAUGUACAGUGGAAUUAAACAAAAAUUAUGAUGAUAAUUUUAUUGUUUAUUAAGCAGCAUUCUUUUACAGUAAAAUAUCAAUUUUAAUGUAUUUUUACCCAUUAUUAAGUUUUUAAUGAAACAGAUAAUAAAGUUUGUGGGUAUUUUUGAAAGAAUUGUUAAGAAUUUAUUGAUAUAUAUAUAUUUAGUUUUUUUUUUCUUUUCAGUGACUAGAUUCUGUAUUAUUAUGUUUUUUAAAUGUUAAUUUUGAACAAAAGUUUCAUAUUAUUUUUUAAUGUUGUAAGUAAAAUGAUGAUUUGUUAAAUGCAUAGUGUGCUUGAAUUAUUCAGAAAUGUUUUAUUCAACUGAGUAUUAUUAUACACCACAUAGGAAAUUGCAAGAAAGAAAAAAACAAAUUACUACUUACUUAAGGGCCCUUUUCCACUUUCCUUUAGGAUGCAAUAAAUAUUAGCAGCCAGUCAGUUAGUACAUCUCACCUUCAAUUCAAUGGCUGCUUGUUGUGAUGACAACAUGAAACUUGAUUUUAUGAGCUGCAGAUUUAAACCACGUGUUGUUGAAUAACUUAAGUACUAAAUAGCUAUCCCAUUGCCUUGUAAAGCCUCAUCAACAAUUAGCAUUGCCUUCUGAUAACACCAUCAUACAGAAGUAUGUGUAUACUAGAGCUGUGCCAAUAGGAUAGGAUUGUGGGCAAGUACUCAGUUUUUGUAUUUAUAUUACUGCAGUUUGAAAAAAGAAAUCCUAUUCAGUUAUAAAGGUAAUUUUUUUAUUUUAAUUAUAUUUGUUUACUUAAAACUAAUGUGUUUUUUUCCCCUGAAUCAGUUCGGAAUCAGUGAAUCGGCUAAAGUUGAAUUGGCAUAUCGGCGUAUCUGCACAAAUUUGUGAAUUGUACAGCUCUAGUGUAUACAGUUCCAGUCUUUGAAAUUGAGCACUUUGUGAUAUGUGAUAUGUUUUGUGGGAAAAGAGCUGAGUUUUAGCCAAUUGUAUACUGUUUAUAAUUGUAAGAAAACUAAGUACUCUGCCACAAUAAAACUCUGAAGCGAUAAUGAAA